AUGGGAGUGACUCACAGCGCAAAUGUCUCCUUCAACCCAUCAACCGACAUUCCCAGCUUGAAAGGCAAGGUCAUUCUCAUCACUGGUGCUAGCAGUGGACUCGGAAAACAAUCUGUUCUUGAGCUUUCUAAGCACGAACCAAAAGAGAUCUGGGUUGCCUCGCGCCAGAUAAGCAAGGCGCUUGAAGUCAUUAAGGAAUUGAAAGAGCUCGGCCACAAUUAUCAGAUCAUGAAGCCAAUCGAAAUCGACCUUGGAUCUAUGAAUUCAGUGGCAAAGGCCGCAAGAUAUUUCGUCCAGGCGCAGCAAAUGCAAACUCAAUCUUCACCACGGCUGGAUAUUUUAAUGCUGAAUGCGGGUAUCAUGGCGGUGCCCCCAAGCGUUACAAAAGACGGCUUUGAGAUUCAGUUUGGUACGAAUUAUUUGGGACAUACAUUUCUAGUACAUGAGCUUUUACCUUUGCUGGUGGACACGGCUCAUCGACAGCAGCAGAAGGAGGGACGGGCCCCUGGGUCGGAUGAUGUAAGGGUUAUCCUGCUCAGCUCGGUCGCCCAUCGGUACGCGCCCAGCGGUGGAAUCAACUUCGGCAGUCUGAAGGGCUGUGCAGAGGAAAUGGGGACAGUGGCAAGAUAUGGUCAGAGCAAGCUAGCUAUGAUCCUAUACGGCCAGGAAUUGGCUAAGAGGUACUUGGAGUUCAAGGUAGCCAUUGUUCACCCCGGCCAGGUCAAGACGAACCUGGGCAAUACUGCGAGUGCCAAUAGCCUAGUUAUGAGGCUUUUAUGGAAACUCACGAGCGUGUUCAAUGGCGUCGGUCCCGAAACUGGGGUUCUGAAUCAACUUUGGGCGGCUACUGUGGAUAGUGUCCAGUCGGGGGAGUAUUAUGACCCUGUUGGGGUAGUCAGUCGACAGAGAAGUAAGUAUACCAGUGAUGGGAAGCUCGCAGUGGAUUUGUGGAACUGGACUACCCAUAAUUUGCAUAUGUAUGAGGAGAGCUUCCAGGUACAGGAAGGGCCUAGUAUGCAACUAUCACGGGCGUUGGACUAG